AUGAACGCUGUCGUUCGGCUCAACGUUUCCAUGAGCCGUCGUCGCUGGCAGUCAAUCACACCUUCCGCUAUGGACCUGUUCCUUUCCCUGCGUCACAUCUCGGCCGCUGGCGACGAAGUCUUCGACACAGGCACUACGGGCGAGCCAGCUCCUAUCACAAAAGGCUUCCUGAGAGUGAGUCUGCGAAAGACGAAUCCCGAGCACCCGUGGCAUCGCCCGUGGUUGCCUCAUCGCAACUACCUCUCCACGGACACUCUUCCCGUAACUCCCAAUGAAGUGUACAGCGUGGACGUGGAACUAUGGCCUACAAAUGUCGUGGUACAGAAGGGCGAGAGGCUAUCUCUGGAUGUCAGCGGAUGCGAGCUGGCUGGUAGCGGAUUGUUCCAGCACAAUGACCCAACUGACAGGCCAGAACGUGUCUUCAAACGCAACAACUUUGUGCACUUUGGGGCCGGCUACAAUAACUGGAUUAGCCUGCCUGUCAUUCCCAACAGCUAUGAACACCUUUACAACUCUUAG